CACCAUUUGAUUCCAGAGAGUUACCGGAAAAAGAAAAGGAAGAAAAACCCACAAAGGUGAAAGGCCGAAGCAUAUGUGGUAUCCACACCUCCCCACUGUUUCUAUCCAGUCAUGAAUGCCACGUCAUAUAUAAAUGGGCCCGGCGGCUUUAGUCAAUUGCAACUGCACUUUCUGCAACUUUUCCAUUUUCUGCAACCUCUCUCCUCUUCUUUACCCUAAAUCCUCUAUUCAAAUUUGUAAAUCCACAAGUGAAUUGGAUCAUAUUGUUACUCUUUCCAAGUAACUGUUGAAGAUGAAGGCAAAUUAGGGCUCAAAUUGAAGCUUAAAGUUGGAUGCAGAGAUGUCCGUUGCAGAGCUAAAAGAGAGGCACACGGCUGCUACAGAAACUCUGAAUUCUCUCAAGGAACGAUUGAGAGAACGACGACUUCAACUUCUAGAUACAGACGUGGCGAGCUAUGCAAGAGCGCAAGGUAAGACUGCGAUUGCUCUCGGCCCAACGGAUCUGGUUUGUUGUCGGAUUUUACAGGGACACACCGGCAAGGUGUAUUCACUCGACUGGACUCCAGAAAAGAAUCGAAUAGUAAGUGCAUCCCAAGAUGGAAGGUUAAUAGUUUGGAAUGCUCUAACAAGUCAGAAAACCCAUGCCAUUAAACUCCCAUGUGCAUGGGUAAUGGCAUGUGCUUUUUCUCCAAGUGGACAAUCAGUUGCAUGUGGUGGACUUGAUAGUGUAUGCUCCAUCUUCAAUCUUAACUCACCACUUGACAAAGAUGGCAAUAUACCAGUAUCAAGAAUGCUUAGUGGACACAAGGGUUACGUGUCCUCAUGUCAGUAUGUUCCAGAUGAUGAUACUCGCUUAAUAACCGGAUCUGGUGAUCAGACAUGUGUAUUAUGGGAUAUAACUACAGGAUUAAGAACUUCUGUCUUUGGAGGAGAGUUUCAAUCAGGACACACCGCUGAUGUUGUCAGUUUAUCAAUCAACGGGUCAAACUCAAGAAUGUUUGUUUCGGGUUCUUGUGAUGCAACUGCCCGGCUUUGGGACACUCGGGUAGCAUCUCGGGCAGUAAGAACAUUUCAAGGGCACCAAGGGGAUGUUAAUUCAGUGAAGUUUUUCCCAGAUGGAAAUCGGUUUGGAACUGGAUCAGAUGAUGGAACUUGUAGACUUUUUGACAUCAGAACUGGACACCAGCUUCAAGUCUACACUCACCCACAACAAGAUGAUAACAAGCCUGAUGUCACCUCCAUUGCAUUCUCCAUAUCAGGUCGUCUGCUCUUUGCUAGCUACUCUAAUGGUGAUUGCUUCGUAUGGGAUACUCUUUUGGCUGAGGUGGUUUUAAAUCUUGGAACUCUCCAGAACUCGCAUGAGGCUCGUGUAAGCUGUUUGGGUUUGUCUGCUGAUGGGAGUGCAUUGUGCACAGGAAGUUGGGAUACCAGUCUUAAGAUUUGGGCUUUUGGUGGGCACAGGACAGUGAUCUGAUCUGAGUGAAUAAUGGUGGUAAUUCUGAUUUGCAUAUUUUAAUCAUGUGCCUUUUUUACGUUUUAUUUAACGGACUAUGUGGAAAUUGGAAUGAAUAUAAACUAGUUGGGUAUGGGUAUGGGUAUGGGUAUGGGUAUGGGUAUGGGUAGAACACAUAGUAAAUAGUUUCAUCUGAUUUUGGUUUACAAAUUGAAAUUAAUUUGUGUUUGUGGUACUGGUCCAUAUAUUACAAGUGUUUCUUCGGAUAUUGUGAUCCCAUUUACGGGGGAAGGUUUGCGUGAAAUGGAAGUGACCGUUUUACCCUUGUUUUUUUUGUUUAUGUUGAAAUUACUAUUGCUAUUUUAGCCUCUUUUUUUCAUUGUAACAUGUGUGUCUCCUGGUGUAUUGUUGUUUGAUUUUUCAUGUAAAUUUAAUAGUUGGGUUGAUGAAUUUGUAGCCUAUAAACCAAAAAUAGAAUAUUACCCGAUACAGGGACCAAAAAAUGUAAAAAAAAAAAAAAAGAGUAAAUUACUGAAAUCGUCCCUAUGGUUUAGUCAAAAUUUCACGUUUGGUCCCUAACUUUUCUUCU